CAACUCGAAAGGCUUGGUCUCCGCCGACGAUCUCUUUUGCUGAGAAAAGUGCUCUUAAAGAACGGUUCGCCGACGGGUGACGUCCUUCUGGACGAAGCACUCAAACACAUCAAAGAGACGGAACCUCCGGAAACGCUUCAGUCGUGGAUCGACUACUUGAGCGGCGAGACUUGGAAUCCAUUGAAACUUCGGUACCAAUUGAAGAACGUUAGGGAAAGACUGGCCAAGAAUUUAGUGGAGAAGGGAGUGCUGACCACUGAGAAGCAGAACUUCUUACUCUUCGAUAUGACAACGCAUCCACUCGUCGACAGCGGAUCCAAAAGUAAACUAAUAAAGAAAGUGCAGGACUCAGUGCUAACCAAAUGGGUUAAUGAUCCGCACCGUAUGGAUAAACGAUUACUUUCACUCAUACUUCUGGCCCACAGUUCCGAUGUGUUGGAGAAUGCAUUCGCGCCCCUCAGUGAUGAUGACUACGAAGUGGCGAUGAAAAGGGUUAGAGAGCUGUUAGACUUAGAUAUGGAGGUGGAGAGCACUAAAGGCAGU